UAAACAAUUUAUUAACUACAACAUAUAAACAAUAAAAUAAAAAAAAUAUUGUAUCUGAAAUAAUUAUAUAAACAUUUAAAUAUAUAAUUAACUUUUGAAAACUGUAUACAACUAAUAAUAUAAAAUAAAUAUUUACGUAUAUAAAACUGAAAAUAAGCACCAAAACUGAAAACAAACAUCCGCACAGAUCUUAUUAUUUAAAACAGUAAAACCUUGGAGCGUUAAUUAGCAAUGCAUAAGUGUUCAACUUUUCUUGUAAUAAAAAAAACAUUGUUUUUGGUUAUAGUUAUUUCAUAAAUUUGUCAAAUAGCAAUGCAAUUAAAAGCUGUCGUUAAAAAAAAGCAAUGCAAUUAAAACAAAAAUAUCGAAUACUAAAUAAAUUUAAUGGUUUCAUAGAAAAAGAAGGAUAAAAUAAAUAAAUUAUUAAUGUUAGUGAUUAUUUACCACUUUAGCAUUUAUAGCUUUCACUCUUGUCUUCCAAGCUCCCACCGUAAACCCUUCUUUUCUUCUCAAACUUUUGCAGCAGAAAGAAAGUAAAAGGAGAAAAAACCUUACAAAGCUUUAAAAAAACGCAGCGUUUUGAAAGGCUGACGAUUCUGGCUUUCCCUACCAUGGAAGCUUUCAGUCUCCUCAACUACUGGAAGAACAAUGGUGGCGGUGGUGUUUCCUCCGGCCUUAGCUUCCUCCCUCCUCAGUCCUCCGACUCUUCUUGCUGUUACUCCGGCGAACCCACCACCAUUGUCACCUCCGUCUCUGUCACGGAAACCGAGGAAGAAGAUGCCGGAGACGACGAAGGACCCUUCUUUGAUCUCAAGUUCGCUCUUCCUGUUGAAGAAGAAGAAGAAAGCGAAGAACACGGAGAUGAAGUUUCCGAAGACGACGUCGGAGGAGGUAAAAGCGGAGAGGGAGAUUCCGACUGUACCGAGGGUGGUUGUGAGUACAAGUUCACGCUCUCGUCGUGUUCCGGCGGAGAAGAUCAAGACCUUAUAGUCUCUCCUUCCGGCGACGUUUACUUAAAGGGACAGAUCGUGGAGGAGGUUGAACCACCGUCUACGGGAACAGAGCAGACGUGCUCCGUCAAAGCUCCGGCGGCGCAGUUAUCGGCGUCUAUUUUGAAAUCAGCUACUAAGCUUCGUGUGUUCAUGCUCGGCAUGAAGAAGUCGAAGCUACUCCAGGCGAAAUCUGGAGACUUAGACAAGCAAACUCCUCCUCCACCUCCUCCGUCGCAACCACCGUCUCAGUCGCCGGAGUCUCAACUGAAAAGUACCGUUACGGUGAGUUUAAAACCGGAAGAAGUGCCAAUAGUCUCUCUCUUCACGAGAGAUAACAGCUCAAGAAACUCCUCAUCGUCGUCCUCUUCUCCGUCCACCACGAAGAGGCAAAACGGCAGCGAGCCCGUCGUUUCGGAAGAGAACCGGUUCGUGAUGAUGCAAAAGUAUCUGAAGAAAGUGAAGCCUCUUUACGUCAGAGUUUCGCGUCGUUACGGCGAGAAGUUGAAGCACUCCGGCCCGUUAAGCUUGGACUCCUCCGCUCCGGCGAGUAUACCCGCGGCGGAGAAAGCGGGGUCUCCGGUGAAGAAGGCUCAUAAGCCGGGAAACAUAAACAUCAACAUUCCGGCGGGUUUUAAAGUAGUGAGGAAGCACCUCGGUAAAAGCAGAUCCUCUUCCUCGACGACGACGACUCCGCCGGCGGCGACUGUUACGACGCCGUCUGAGUCAAGGAGACGUGACGACUCGCUUCUGCAGCAGCAAGAUAGCAUUCAAAGCGCUAUUUUACACUGCAAAAGAUCUUUCAAUUCCUCUCGAGAUAAAGAUCCGUCGGUGUUACCAAGAUCGGUAAGUGAUUCAUCCUCUUACGAUAAAUGAGACAAUCGUGGAUCUUUUUCUCGCAUAAUAAUUAUGUUUAUUGUAAAUACUAGUAUAUUUUUAGCUUUGUACUUUGGUAAGAGUGGUAGCAGCUAUGUUUGGUCAUGUAGUGAUGAUGACUAAUGAAACUUUGGAACAUCAAAAGCUUAUGAAGAAGAAAAAUAGACUUCUUCUU